UGUAUUUUCCCAUGCUUGCAUUUUAGUGGAGUGGAAGCUAAGCAGCCCAAUUCUGCCAUCAGGAAGUGUGUCAGAGUCCAGCUGAUCAAGAAUGGCAAAAAAAUAACAGCUUUUGUGCCCAAUGAUGGUUGCCUGAACUUCAUUGAGGAAAAUGAUGAAGUUCUGGUGGCUGGUUUUGGUCGGAAAGGUCAUGCUGUGGGUGACAUUCCUGGAGUCCGUUUCAAGGUUGUCAAAGUAGCCAAUGUUUCUCUGUUGGCCUUGUACAAGGGCAAGAAGGAGAGACCAAGAUCAUGAACUGAAAUUGAGCUGCCAAGAAUAUCAAUAAAAUUUUUGAUUGGAAAAA